GCGCCCUCGCCGAACAUGGCCUCUCGAGAGGACCCAGGCUUGGCAUUUCAACGAUCGUCAAGAAUCAGUUGAGGCUGUUCACUUGAUGAUGAACCAGCAUGAAAGGGAAUGUUCGGCUAUUCAGCUCUACUUGCAGGGCGCAAACUUGCACAACAGGGACGUCUUUUCUAAAUCAGAUCCAAUGGUGGUUAUGGAGGUGUGCGAGAUGGAUUCGGACAUUCUUGUCUGGUCGGAGAUAGAACGGUCCGAGAUCAUCUGGGACGAUCUUAAUCCGAAAUGGGCCAAAGUUUUCACCUUGAUCUAUCAUUUCAGUCAUGUGCAGUUGCUCCGUUUCACAAUUUACGACAUCGAUACCCCAUCUACCGACGGCAGCUACGAGGUUUCAAAACUGCGACUGGAAGAUCAGGACUUUCUAGGGCAAACAGUCUGCUCACUGCCAGAACUCUUACACGCAGCUGGCCAAGUGGUCACUAAGGAACUUAAACCAUUCGCAGAGAACGUCAGUGUUUAUUAUAGUGGUUGUAAUAGUACUGGGCAAGGGCAUCAUGGCAGUCCGGGUGGGGCCAAGCUCGGUCUCGGGCACCACGAGUACUUGUCGUCGUUGUCGAGGACCGGAACUAGGAAGGGAGCAGGGCCCUUAGGGACACUGACCAUCCAUUAUGAGGAGGUCACACCGCAAAUCCAUGGAAAAGUCAAACUGCAGUUCUGUGCUGAGGGGGUGGUCCCCCCCCAGGGCAGAGUGGGCCUAUCUCCAUUCCUACGUCUAUGCAGCUCAUUGGCUAGCCGCAACAGACUCUACCUGAGGGUGUCUAGGAUUCUUGAAGGCGAUGGCACUGCGCCAAUUUUUCAAACGGAAGUAGUGGAGAAAGAUGUAAGUACAGUUUGGAAAGAGAUUACGGUGUCUCUCCAGGACCUCUGUGGAUGCGAUAAACAGCGUCCUUUGCGAUUCGAGUGCUUUAGUUGUAAUCCCUUUGGCCAGGAUGUGUUGAUAGGAAGCACGGAUAAAUCUGUGAAUGCUCUGGAAGAGGCACUUGAGCAUGGCAAGGGGAUUGCAUUAAGCUUCCCUAGGUCAUCAUCGAAUAAUAAGAGGAGAAAGAAAGCAGUUACAGCCAGGGUGAGUGGGAACACUGGAAUGCUCUUCUGUAUGCGAUACGAGUUUCACUCUAUGUCGUUCUUACAGUACCUGAGCAAGGGCCUCGAGAUUAGCUUCCAUGUGGCCGUAGAUUUUACGGCAUCCAAUGGUCAGCCGCAAAGGCCUUGCUCUCUGCAUUACUUAGACCCUCAGGGAAAGAAGAAUUCUUAUGAGCAGGCUAUUAGUGCUGUUGGACGGGUCCUCGAGUUCUACGACACCGACAAAGUUUUCCAAGCCUGGGGCUUUGGAGCGAGGGUGGCAUCAGGGAUGGUCUCCCAUUGCUUCAACCUGAAUGGUAACCCAUAUAACCCAGAUGUAACCGGGGUCGAAGGCAUACUUGAGGCGUACUCCAAAGCCCUUAACUCUGUGUCACUUGCUGGUCCCACCCUGUUUGCGCCUGUAAUCAGUACUUCUUCGCAGAUUGCAGAAGCACAGCUGCGAGAGGGUCGGGUCAAGUACUCUGUCCUCCUCAUAAUCACAGAUGGUAUCAUCAAUGACAUGGAGCCGACGAUCAACGCCAUUGUCGCAGCGUCAAGGCUUCCGCUUUCCAUCUUGAUUGUAGGAGUGGGUGCAGCCGAUUUCUCCAAAAUGGUGGAGUUGGAUAGCGAUGAUGGCCCCCUCAAGUGCCACGAUGGGCGACAAGCGGUGCGAGAUAUAGUGCAGUUUGUAUCCAUGCAGAAGAUAACAAACAGUCAUCAACUGGCAUCUGAACUACUUGCCGAGCUUCCUAGCCAGGUAGUCCAGUUCAUGUCCUCAGGACGCCUAAAAGUUGCGACCGCCGCCGCGUGCUCCGAUUCGUCAUGAAUCUGGCCCCUGGGUCUGUCAUCAUUCCUUUUUGAAUCCUUUGCUUCUCUACCAUCUAGCCCUACAAGC